AUGUCAUUAAAUCGACUUCUGACCGUUCAACCUUUAGAUAUGGACGAGAUGAAGGGUAAUAUCGAUCCGCCCAAGCACAAAGUAUAUCAUCGUGCUGAUGUAAUUCACGGCAAAUGUGAAAAUACCCCCACAACCGUUCAAGCCGUACAGUUCCACGGCAUUAAUUCCACCAAAAACGAUGCUCUCAUCAAAGAAGUCGCCUAUCUCUACCAAACAAAGUCCCUAUCACAACUCAUCAAAAACUCCAACCUUGCUGCCAAACAUCUUCAGGAAGUUGGUUUAAUGGAGAAUGCCACAGCACUUAUUGAUACAGUUGACGGUGACCCGGAUAGUUAUGUGGUGAAUUUUGUUGUCAAAGAACCGAAGUCAUUUACACUUGGUGUUAAGGCUGGAAUGACAACUCAUGGUGAUGCAGAUAUGAUGCUGAACGCGGGUAGACAAAGUUUUGGGGGUCGUGGUGAGACGGUGGAUGCAUCUUAUUCGUAUACAAUCAAGGGUGAUCAAAGUUUCGACAUAUCGUUAUCGAAACCGUUCUUGGGCUGGCAAAGGUAUUCGAAUGUAUCGUUGGCCAUUUACCGAAGUCUAGCAACGUUCCCGUGGAAUCACUGUGAAUCGAAGCAGAACGGCAUUCUUUUGCAAUAUAACGGACAACUCUGUGGCAAAACACUGUUGCACAAUAUCAAGCUGAACACGGUAUGGCGUAAACUGCAACCCCAACCCGAAUGCGCGUUCGCGAUUCGCGAGCAUGCCGGGCACACCUUGAAGUGCUCGCUCGAGCAUUCCGUUGCUUACGAUCGACGUAAUCGAGCAUUAAUACCGUCCAAAGGUAUCCUUCUCAAAUUAGCGCAGGAGUAUGCUGGUUUCAUUGGUGAUGCUGCAUUCCUUAGACAUCAAUUCAAUGUCCAGGCAGCCGCCCCGUUAUUU